AUUAGAAUAUAAGGGCGAUUCUGAAAUAAAACUAAGUUAGCGCCGGAAAAGAUCGAGAAAUUGAAAUUCCCACACACUCUCUCUCGCUGACUCUGUUCAAAGCCAAAUUGUGAAAUUGGGGUUUAAGGAUGAAGGGUUUAGUGUCUACUGGUUGGAAAGGUCCCGUCAAGUUUAGGAUGCCCACUGCUGAAAACUUGGUACCAAUUCGUUUGGACAUUCAAUUCGAGGGUCAGCGUUAUAAAGAUGCUUUCACUUGGAACCCUUCAGACCCGGAUAAUGAAGUCGUUGUCUUUGCCAAAAGAACUGUUAAAGACUUGAAACUGCCCUCUGCAUUUAUCACUCAGAUUGCCCAAUCUAUUCAGUCUCAGCUCUCAGACUUUCGGGCAUAUGAAGGACAAGAUAUGUACACUGGUGAAAAAAUCAUACCAAUUAAGCUUGAUCUCCGAGUUAACCAUACCCUCAUCAAGGAUCAGUUCUUGUGGGACCUAAACAAUUUUGAGAGUGAUCCUGAGGAAUUCGCAAGAACCUUGUGCAAGGAUUUAGGUGUUGAAGAUCCUGAAGUUGGACCUGCUGUUGCCUUUGCAAUAAGGGAACAACUUUACGAGAUUGCAAUUCAAAGUGUGGCUUCAGCUAGGGAGAGUCGAUUAAGUAAGAAAGGCCGCAGAGGAUCUGAUCAUGGUUCGGCAAGCAAGGCAAGUGGCUUGUCAAUGGACUUAAUGAAGUUAUUCAGCUUUAAGUCCAGUGUAGUUCGGAAAAGGAAAGACUUGGAUGUUUAUGAACCAGUUGUGGAUCUGCUAACAAGUGAGGAAGUUGAUGCCCUUGAAGCCAGGGCAGAGAGGCAUGCAAGGUAAAGAGUUUCGUUUACAUGUAUAUUUAUUUCUUAGGGCAGGACUCCAAAAUUGAAGGAUAGUACGAACUCAAAAUAUGUUGUAUCAUGCUUCUUAACUAGAGUUUAUGAUAUUAAGACAAUCUUUUAUGAGACA